AUGUCUAGCGACGAUUACGAAUCAAUAGAUUCUCCCCGUGUAGCAUCUCUUUCUGACCUGGCACGUCUUCCACCUCAAAAACAGCAAAGUCACUAUUCCACGGAUGACGAUGAAGACGUUACUCCAACAGCGUCAUCUUCUAAUUCAGCUUCUAAAAAUGUGCUGUUCGAGCCUCUUCAGUCAGUAUUCCUGCACCAAAAUUCUGAGAGUUCCGAUUUAGAGGAGCCACGAGUGCAGUUACGCGAAAAGAGAAAAACUGCACGAGCUCAAGAUGCUACUGUAUCUCACUUUAUGGGAGAUGAAGCUCCUGGUCAAAAAUUCAAGAGAAGAAGUGCUGAAAGACAUUCAAUGUUAGCGGGGGCAGCUGAUUUUGCCAGUAGGAGAAGUCCAUUUCAUUUGAAUGGAACUGGCUCUGGAAGAUGGACAGACCUGUUUUCUUCCAACAGAUUCAAAAGAAAAACACGGCAAAAGCUGAAUAAUGGUCCAUCCUCAUCAAAUAAUGCGGCUAAUGAAGAUUAUGGUACAUAUGGUGGAACACGAAGUAUCGGGGGAAUGUCAAUCGCUUCUAACUCAUCAGGAGAAUCAUACUUCCAAUCAUGCACUGAAGAGCAGCUUCGCGAGCAAUUUCGACAUAUUAUGCUAGAAAAGAAUAUUCCUGCUUCGAAAGUCGAUGAAAUUGUUGCUUCAACACCAACAGAACAAAUAAAAACAAUGAUAGCAAAUGCAAGGAAAACGGAUGAUGCUGCUGCUCGGCAACAGCCUCCAGAAUGGAAUCUUCGCGUAUUGGAGAAUAUUAUCAAAACUCAGAAUAUAUUGGAUUGUAAGCAAGACAUUGUCACUGUUUCGAUUCAGUUAAAAUGUCAAUCCGUGUCUUUUUUGUAUCAGUUUGCCGAUAACAUCCGGAGUGAAUCAGGAAGAACAGGAGCUGAUCUGAUAUGCCGAUUAUAUUCUCUGGUUCUCAAAAGACUUCGAUCUGCAGAAGUUGGAUCGAAACUCGAGUUUGAUUUAAUCGAUUUCCUUCAAGAAGUUGUCAGAUGUAUCCGAACUAUCGUUAAUACACAUCGAGGACUCGAAUUAGUUUUUCGUCGGAAUUCACCCGUAUGCUCGCUUCUAAUUCAAACGAUGUGCAUUUUGAAUCGGAGAGAAUUCAGUGACAACGAACCUAAUGAAAUUAAAAUGUUACGCGAAAAUGUUGUAAUGAUUUGUGGAAGUUUGAUGCUUGUUUCUCAUGAAACAUUGGAAUCAAGAGCAAUCGAGAUGACUGGACAGCAAAAGAUGUUUAUGGAACUAACAACUAUAGCCAAAUCUGAGUCUAAACGAGUCGGUGAAACAGUUUCUCGUUUCCGUCCUCUUGUAUCUUGCAUUCAAUUCUUUGAAUCGCGAGAUACGAAGCUCACAAUGAGAGUGCUUCUGAUGCUUAAUAUGCUCAUCAAUGGUGUGGAUAGGAAUACAAGUGAUGAACAGAUGUGGACGGAAGAAACAAUGUGGCAAGCGAGAAUGAGAUUACGAAGUGAAGCAGCUAAGGAUGGCUUAUCGAAAUACAUUGAGAAGUUCACCUCCUCUGAAAAUGUUGAUUCCCAAGUACGGGAAGUUGCCAAAAAUAUGUUAGCUGAGCACAAUGCUGAUCUAGAAACUCUAUUCGGAAAAUUGGACAGCGUGAAGGGAGAAUAUGAUUCACUGGACGGAUGCUUUGAAUUGUUAGCUGCUAAUUCAGAAGCAACGGGAACGGAGACUAUACUUCUCUCUAUUUUGCAACUACUCACUCUGACAAAUGAAGAUAUGUCAACCAAGAGAGCAUAUAUGAAGCUAAUAGAGGCGUCUAUAUCGGAAAUAAUUUUUCACCGAACGCCCAUAGAUCCCGAUUCUCAAGAGAGACUUGUAUUCGAAAUUCCCGUGUCAGAGAUUAUUGAACGAAUGCAAGAUGAAGAAAUGGCGAAGAAGUUGCGACAGGCUACGUCUGCAAAACAAGAAGCUGUGGCGAUGCAAGGGGAAUACUGGAAGAAGUUAACAGAGUUUCAAAAAGAAACGGAAUGUUUGCGAAAGCAUAUAUCGGAUCCAAAAGAACCUUUACCUCAACCUACCAAAAUGACAUUGUCUGCUCCAUCCGCAUCUUCUGGUUCUUCCUCGCUACCUCCUAUCACUGGAGGACCUCCACCUCCUAGUUUACCUCCAAUUACUGGGGGCCCUCCGCCACCGCCACCUCCUGGAGGACUUCCACCAAUUACUGGUGGACCUCCACCUCCACCUCCUCCCGGAGGACUUCCUCCGGUUCGAGGAGGACCACCGCCACCACCACCUCCACCCGGAUCAGGUCCUCCUCCUCCGCCGCCACCGCCUCCACCUGGAGGAUUUAAAGGAGGACCUCCACCUCCCCCACCGCCAGGAAUGUUUGCUCCAAUGGCUCCGGUUCUUCCUGAUUACCUCCCACCGAAAAAGGUUCCGAAAGUGGAUGGUCCAAUGCGGAAGUUCCCGUGGGGAGCUCACACAAUCAACCCGAGAGACAUUCCAAGAGAAUCCUUCUGGGUUGGAACAAAUGAAGAUCAAUUAACGAGUGAUAGAAUGUUCGAGCGUUUGCGAACCAAAUUUGCUACAAAACCCGCAAUUGGAUCUGGAGUACUCGGAGGAAAACUGGAAAAUAAGAAAAAAAUUAAAACAGCUCAAGUGAUUCAAGAUGAUAAAUUGCUCCAAAAAUUAGGAAUUCUACAAGGAUCAAUCAAAAUAACACAUUCGGAACUGAAAUCAGCACUACUCGAAGUGAACGAGAAAGUUUUAACUGUCGGUUUCCUGGAACAACUCCGAGCAGCAAUGCCAUCUGAGAAAGAGAUAAUUGAAAAGUUGCGAGCUGUAGACAAAGCUCAAUUUGAAGAGAUGCCGGAAGGCGAACAGUUUAUAACACGUCUUCUUCAAAUCCAAGGACUGCCACUCCGCCUCGACUUGAUUCUAUUCAAAAUGCGUUUCAUUGAAACGUUGAACGAAUUGAAACCAGCAAUGUCAUCAGUAAUGGAAGCUUGUGAAGAAGUGAGAACUUCCGAAGGGUUCCGAACAUUCUUGAAGCUUGUUUUGGCGACAGGGAACUUUAUGGGCGGUGCUACUAAAAACUAUUCGAGUGCAUAUGCGUUUGAUAUGCGAAUGUUAACAAGGUUGAUUGAUACAAAAGAUGUUGACAACCGGCAUACUCUUCUACAACAUUUGAUUGAAGAAAUGAGAAGGAUUGAUCCGAGACGAUCACGAUUCGCUAUCACUGAUUUCCACCAUUGCAUUGAAUCAUCUCGAGUGAAUGCUGACGAAAUCCGGAAAACAGUCCAAAUGACGGAAACCAAUAUAAAGAAACUGGAAAACUGUUUGAAAGUAUAUAAACAACAAGGAGAACGCGAUAAAUUUGAAGAAAAGAUGCGCCCGUUCUUGGAGAAAGCUAUCAAAGAGUUUGCGACUGUCUCGACAAUGUCCGGAAAAAUGAAGAGUGACUGGGAAUCAUUGGUUAAGUACUAUGCAUUCAACGCGACGAAAUAUCCAAUGGAAGAGUUCUUCGCUGAUAUUCGCACUUUCUCUGAGCAAUAUUCAACAGCAUGGAAAGAAUUGGAUGCAGAAGCAGAGGCAGCAAAUGCUGAAGCAAAACGAAAGGAAGCUGCGGUUGAAACGCAGAAAAGGAAACAGCAGCAACAAGAACAAAAGCAGAGAGUGCCUUUGCAAGAGAAACAAAUUAUCAAUAGGAUGCCGCGUACCCCAGCUGCGAUGAUUCGGGUUUCGACUGCUGCAGAUAAAGUGGGAGUUCUUGACGAAUUGGAAAGAGCCACCGGAAACGAUGCAUUCCUUCAAACCCUCAUGUCCGCUACAAACUCUCGAACUCCUCGUUCUGGUAUGCCAAGUCGUACGCGAGGAGGUGGAAGGUUGGGAGGGCUGGACAGACAAAGAUCACGUCAUCAGAAUCAAGUGAAUCAAAUUCCGGAUUUUGGAGAAAGUGAACCGGUAUUAUCUGGACAAUUUCCUCGGUCGGCUCGCAACAUUCUUCAUCAUGAUCAACAGUUGAAUGGCGGAGCACCGGAAACCUUGAAAACGACUACGGCCUUAGAUCGGGCAAAAGCUUUCGGAGUGGGACUUCCAAUUGGUCAGAAUGAAUUGAAAAUUCGAGUCAGGCGGAAAGGACAACCAGCAGUUCCUGUUUCAAAUAUUCAUGGUUCAUCUCAAAUAUCACCGACACAUAAAGAGAAUGAUCCUACAGGAUCUUCUUCGAAACCCUCUGGACCAGUUUCCACUUCUUCCACAAUAUCAGCAAAUUCUUCAUCAUCAAAUACAGUGGUACCUUCAACAGACGAUCUCCUCGCACGUCUUCACGAUUUCUAA